AUGACGUGUCUCAUAAUCCCGAACGGAAGGAAAGGCACGCUAACUAAUGCAGACGGGCGUGAUUUGGUUGGAAUAGCCCAGACUGGAUCAGGGAAGACUCUUGCUUAUGUCCUGCCAGCCACAGUACACAUCAACAACCAGAAAAGGUUGUCUCGUGGUGAUGGUCCUAUUGUCCUUAUUCUUGCUCCUACACGAGAAUUGGCCCAGCAGAUACAGACAGUGGCCAGAGAUUUUGGGACAUCAACAUUGAUCCGUAAUACGUGCAUCUUUGGAGGAGCCCCAAAGGGACCACAAGCUCGUGAUCUGGAGAGAGGAGUGGAGAUAGUGAUUGCCACACCUGGUCGUCUCAUAGACUUUCUGGAGAGGGGAAUUACAAACUUGCGGCGUUGUACGUACUUAGUGCUUGAUGAAGCAGAUCGCAUGUUAGACAUGGGAUUUGAACCACAGAUUCGAAAAAUAAUUGAACAGAUCAGACCAGAUCGCCAGGUAUUGAUGUGGUCAGCUACAUGGCCUAAAGAGGUGCAGGCAUUAGCAGAAGACUUCCUUACAGAUUAUAUACAGAUAAAUAUUGGUUCAUUGACACUUGCUGCCAACCAUAACAUUAUGCAGAUUAUUGACGUUUGCCAGGAGCAUGAAAAGGAAACAAAACUGUCACAGCCUGAAAGAGAUUAUGUGUUAACAGAGUUACAGUCCACAGAAUGGAAGACCAUAUAA